GCACAUAUCAUUAUUAUAUGUUUGCAUUUCCUACGUGCAUCAUAAAAAAUCUUUGUUUCACAAACACCUUUAUUCGUAAAUAAAGAUGAAGUUUAUCGCAAUUACCUUUGCACUCUUGUUCGCAGGCAUCUGUGCACUACACCAGAAUGACAUCGAACUCGAUGGAGGCCAGGCGUUCAUCACCGUCACGAACAGGAUCCAGCGAGCCGUGAACAACAUGAACCAGCGCUUGAGGGAGAACGGGUACGACCCGCUGGUCACGGAGUACAGGUCCACCGGCAUUGACACGCCCUUCCUCAGCGCCUACGCGCACGUGGAGGACCUGAAGUGCACGGGGCUCUCCCACAACAAGUUCGACCGGCUCAGCUUCAACUCGGUCAGCAUGCGGCUUAACUUCAACCUUGUGUGGCCGAGUAUCGCCUGUGUCGUCAAAUCACAGGGUGCUAAGGCAGCCGUCCUUGGGCGCGAAUUCGAAGCUUCAAACUCUGGAAUCCUGCAGGCGACUAACACGCGCAUUGAGGGCAGCGUGCGCGUCCGCCCGAGACCCAUCAGCGGCGUCAGCAUAAUCGACUGCUCCUUACUCUUGAGCACAAACAUCGAGUCCGACCUGAAAGUGGUGUGGCAUGGACGUGACAUCUCCGACAAGGUGAAAGUAGUGGUGGAAGCCUUGAACAAGCAAAUCCAGGAUAAUAAGGAGGCGUUUGGCGUCCAACUGUGUAACCUGCUGGAGCAGGCGAUGUAAAUCUACGACGCCAGAGGGCUACUUUAGUCGUACAUACAUAGUACUGUGUCAAUUUAAUACAUUAAAUUUUUGGUAUAUACUUGAAACAUGUUUUCUAACUUUGAGAAAUAUAUAAGAAUCAACA